ACUGUUUUUUUUUUUUACGUUUAUUCAAUGUUCGUUCGACAUAAACAAAAUAUAGAUUUUAUUGUCGGAGACGUCGGAGUCGGACUCGCUCAUAACCACACAAGAAGACAGGUGUCAACGCAAUGAGCUGGAACGCAGACAAAAGCGACCAAGCCACAAACAAACUGGCUGGAGAGGUGCAGCUCAAAAAGUACGGCCGUAUUUUGGAAGAGUACCUGCACAAAACUUCCGCCUUUUCAGACAGUCUCGGCUGCGAGUCCUUUUGGGAUCCUGCCUUCAAUUCAAUCCACCUACAAACCUCACCUUUCGAAGACCAAGACAUCUUUCAGUUGCUUGUGUCUGACAACAAGACGUUCAACAAGAAUGCUGCAGCUGUAGUCGCAACAUGUCUUGCUGCGACAGAAGCCCACCAAGAGGCUCUGCAACUCUGCCAAGGCCUUCUUUUUUAUGGCGAGGGACCCUUGAAUGAAUACUCGGAGGGCGCUGUCUGUGUCAGCCGAAUGCUUGAACCUCUGCAAAAACUUCUUGGCUUGGUUGGGCGUUGCGGACAGGUUCUGGAAACUGCCCUUGGUCACCUGAUUGCUCUUUCUGCACCUACAGAGUCUAAAGGAUUGUUAUUUGGAUCGUGGACACCUGAUGUCAAUUUACAUGUGCUAGUAGAUGCCAUUGGAACUGUUCUCUUGACCCUUAUCACUAUUCAGGAGGUACUUUCAGGUUGUUCAUUACUUCGUACACACUGGAGUUUGUUGAAACGAACGUUGAAAGCAAUCGCCCAAGAGACUGGAGGUAUCCAAAAGGAGAAACUCUUGCGUCUUCAGGUGGUUUUCCAUGAAUUGGAAAAGAAGUUGAUAACCGGUGAUGUGCUCAAUUCAUGUCUUCGACUUGUCAUCGAGCCAAAAUCUGGCAGCACCUUUCCUGCAUCUGCAAUUGAGCAAUUAUUCAAGUAUUCCAAAGCAGAAGUGGCUGAGCUGGAAUUGGAUGUGGGCAGCCACUUGUCCUGGGUUAAAGCUUCUGCUGUGUUUGUACUUGGAACCUUACUUCAAGGCUCCGCUGACAAGAAAAUGUUCCGACUAAUCUGGGAGCCUCAAAAGAGGAUUACAGCUGUGAUUCUGUUGGGCUCAGUUUUGUGGCUACCUGAGUCCUUCUUCUUUAACUACCUUCCAAGUGCCAGUCAGCUAGCGGACAAAAGAACUAAAACUGCCGUCGCAGCAAGCAGAGAGUUGUAUCUGCAACAAAAGUCCCAAUCUCUAGCCAAGGAUACCCAAGUCUACUUUUUCAUUGUCUGUGAUUGGCUCAUACAAAUGGAUGCCUGCAUGCGGAGAGACACAACACAACUGAAGCUCGACGACUUACAUGCUAAAUGCGCAAUUUUACUGCAGGGUGUUGAAUUCCUGCAAAGUAUGGGUGCAAUAGUGAGGAUUAUUUUCAACCUGCACGUUCACUUAGGGGUUCCAAUUCUUCGAUCUUCCGUUGUGAAUCUUUGCAAACUGGUGGAGCUGAUGAAAAAUGUCGAGUUCAUGUACUACUCCAAAUCGAUUGCCAUUGGAGAAUCCUUGAACCAUCUUAUUCAGCACCUAACCUAUCAAAUUAUUGCCAUCGUUGCAAAUGCAAAGAAAACUCUUCCAGCCGACAACAAACGAAACACCAGAAGUCGACUAGAAGUGCUGGCAGCCCUGCAGACUAUUGAAUUCUGUCUACAGGGGACUUGCAGUCAAGAACGCAGGCUUUUGACCAGAGUGGCCUUAAUUUCAGCCAAUCAGCUAAAACACAUUUCGCCUGACGAUACGAACAACCUAAAAAUUUUGAUGGCCAAGCUUGAUUCUGUAUGCGAGCUGGAAAACCGGUUGCGUUUAGCUGCCGAUUGUUCCUUCAUUUACUGGCAUAGGGUCGUCCUGCCCAUUUAUUUCAGCCGAAUGCUGGAAGAAAGAGCAGACCUCAAGAGACUGAAGUACAUUUUUGCAACGUUCCACGACUGCUCUUCAGCAAUGCAACACUUGCAGCAUAUAGAAAAACCUGAAAUCCUCCAGAAUCAAUUUAAAAAUGAAAUGUUCACAGCUUUGAAGCUCAAGCUGCUUGACCCUUUGUGCCAAGAAAUUGAGACAGAUUUGCGGCUCCGAGUUCAUUCACAUUUGCAAGUAAAAAAUGAGGGAGGAAACAAGUCUGGCUACCACAGUAUGAUCAAUUUUGGGCCUCUCAGAUUCUUCGACGAUUUCCUUAAUAUUAAAGAUUAUGUUGAAAAAUAUCUGAGUGCCACUUUCUACAACUUGACCACCGUAGCUUUGCAUGAUUGGAAUACCUAUGGUGACAUGCGAGUGAUAGCUAGGGUGAGAUAUGGUGUCAACACAGUUGACGACCACCUCCCCAGCCAGACACUAGAACAGGGCUUGGACGUUUUAGAAAUCACACGCAACUUGCCAUCGUUUGUGUCGAAUCACGUCUACAAUCUCAACAACCAGAUCUUCGUUGAGCUUGCAAGCAACAACAAAUACCUAAACACAAUUAACGUUCAGCAUAUAGCAAAUUCUAUUCGGACCCACGGCACAGGAAUAAUUAACACCACAGUCAACUUUACCUACCAAUUCCUGAAGAAAAUGUUCCAGUCGGUAUCAAAAUUCUUAUUUGAUGCUCGCAUCAAAUCUCGUCUGAUGAAGGAGUUGCACAACUUCCAAGAGACUAAAGAAAAUACGGAUCAAAAGUAUUCAUUUUCAAGAGCAGAAAAGUUCAACCAAGGCAUUCGCAGGUUGGGAGUCACAGCUGAAGGUCAGAGUCUCUUGGACCAAUGCAGAGAUCUAGUCACUCAAAUAGGAAAUGCAAUUGGCUAUGUCAGAAUGAUGCGUUCUGGAAGCAGACUGUACAUUUCCAAAGCCAUAAGUUUUGUUCCUGACCUAGAAGAUGUUGUGUCGUUUGAAAAGAUGACCCGAGAAGAAGGUUUGCCAGACUCCUGCAUACAGUCGGCCAAAGAACUUGACAUCAUGCUCAACACUCUGCUCAGCAAUUUUGAUAAGGGAAUCGAGUAUUUCAAGCUCCUUGUUGAAGUUUUUGCCCCUGUGUGCAAAGACCCUAAAAACUCUCACUUCAAACUCUUCCAUGCUCUUGUACCUCCUCUGACCAUCAACUUUGUGGAGCACAUAAUUACUUGCAAAGAGAAGCUGAACAAGAACGUGAGAGAUCGAGCGGCUUUUACCGAUGAUGGUUUUGCAAUGGGUGUGGCUUAUUUGCUGAAAGUUCUCGAACUGGACUCUGAGUUUGACUCACUGCACUGGUUUCAGUCGGUGAAGGAGAAGUAUGCAAUGGAUAAAGCAGAACUCAAGGAACAAACAUUGAAAAUUAAAAAGGGCGACGAAAAGUUAAAACAGACAUUGGUACUGACUGAUAAGCGCAUUGAAACUUACCAGCAGGAGUUUGAUCUUCUUUUUUUCAACUUGAGCAGUGCGAGAAUUUUCUUCAAAGGUUAUGUUAAUGAAGAGAUCAAGACACCAACGGAUUUAACGGAAAGCACAGAAAGAAAAGUAACUGAAAAAAAUUAAUAUCACUACCAAAACACAUUAUUGUUAAUUAUUUGACACAAAAUUUCCAAUUAUAUAAUUUAAUAAAAAAAUGCUCCUUUUUCAUA